GUUCCCGGCCCCGCCUCCUCAAGCUUCAACCCUCCCAGUCUCACUCACAUUUCUCAAGUCUUCACAUCACCGACUGCUUUUGCUCAUCACUCCUCCUCAACCCAUCACCAUUGCCCGGCAACAUGGUGCGCGCGGUCGUCAGGGAUCUCUCCCCGCGAGGGCGCAUCGCUGCUGUCGCUGGCGCUUUCUUCACUUUCCUCUUCCUCCUCAACUUCAUCUUCCCCUCCUCAAACCUCGCCAGCCCUCACCGAUGGACUACUGCGUCGUCUUCCGUCCUUCGCUCAAAAUUCCUGCGCGCUAAGGCGCGGGCGCCACGGCCGCCGAUUCACCACCCCAUCCCGAAGCUCAUGGCAGACGCUCGUGACGCUUUCGACAACAAAGUCAAGCGUCAGUCUAAGACGCUUAGCGAGGCCGUCCGCGAGUACCGCCGCCGUUAUAAGCGCGACCCGCCCGCUGGCUUCGACAGGUGGUUUGAGUUUGCCAAGGAGCACAAGGCGGUAAUGAUCGACGAAUAUGACCAGCUGUUCAGCGAUCUUGAACCUUUCUGGCAGUUGACUGGCAAGGACCUGCGACAGCGCUGCAUCGAUGUUGGUUACCUUCCUUCCGUCGACCUUGUCCGCGUUCAAAACGGCACCGCACGCACCAUUGACGUCAAUAACGGUUUCCAGAACUCUGAGGCCGAUGCACGUGCGAAGGGCUUCCGUGUCAUGCUCGAGAAAUUCCAGAAACACCUGCCGGACAUGGACUUCCCUAUCAACGGAAAGGCUGAAGGACGUAUCCUUGUCCCAUGGGAGGAGCGCCUCUACCAGAAUCUCACCAAGGAUGCAAGCAAAGGCAUCAAGCACGUUCUUGGGGGCGAGUUUGUGGCAGACUGGAGGGGGGACGGCAAUGUUUGGGAGUCCUACCGCCGCACCUGCGCACCAACAUCACAGGCGCGUCGCCUUUUCGGCUCUCUUCGCGCUCAGCUGAAGGAGGGGCAGGUUCCCAUCUCGCGUCUUGCCAACGCAGGUAUCACGACCGACUCUGUGGACGAAGACUUCGAGUUCGCAUCGGACGUCGACGACAAGUUUGACUUUUGUGACCAUCCUUGGGCCCACUACAACCAGGGUCAUUUCUUCUCGGACUGGCGCACUAUCCACGCUCUCUACCCCAUGUUCUCCCCUGCAAAGGGUGUGGGAUACUCUGACAUUCUCAUCCCGUCCCACUACUACUUCUCCUCAACCAAGCGAUACACCUACGGUUGGGACCCCGUCAACAUGAUCAUCAAGGACGUGGAUGACAUGGAGAUCCCAUGGGAGGAGAAGGUUGACGACAUCUUCUGGCGCGGUGCUACCACCGGUGGAGGCUCGAAUCCUCCUGGUUUCCUCGCCCAGUACCAGCGUCACCGCUUCAUCAAGAUGACCUCCGACCACUCGCGCGUGAACCGCACCAUCGUGUUCGCGGACCCUCCCGGCACGGAUAACUUCAUCUCGGCGCAGGUUGCCGUUGGUGACCUGAACGACGAAAUGAUGGACGUCGCCUUCACAAAGGCUGUGGGCUGCACGCAGUACCCCAACGGCGGCUGCGACGCGAUGCGCAAGGAUCACCGUUUUGCUGACGCUGUUCCUCUGGGCGAAAAUUGGCGUCACAAAUAUCUGAUCGACCUUGAUGGCAUGGGUUACUCCGCUCGUCUCUUUGCUCUGCUCAAAUCCGAGAGUGCUGUCCUGAAGUCAACUGUGUACUCCGAGUUUAUGUCUGACUGGAUUCAGCCCUGGCUGCACUACAUUCCCGUGUCCCAAAUGUACAACGAGAUCUACAACAUCUACGCGUACUUCUCCGGCCCCUCCGUGUCGAUGCUCAACGCCGCCAACACUACCCGUGACCAGUUCCAGUCAUCCGGCCUUCACACCCGCAAGUUAGAUGGCGACGCCGAACUGCGCAAGAUCGCGAAAGCCGGACGGGAAUGGAUGUUCUCCGUCGGGCGUAAGAUUGACAUGGAGAUCUACGUCUACCGCCUGUGUCUUGAGUGGGCUCGUCUCAACUCGGAUGAUCGCGAUGACACGAGCUACAAGGGCUUCCUUUAAUGUUAGAUGGUGUCUUUGGCCAGAUCUCGUUUGAAAUAGUGUUGCCUUGAUGGUAACUGUGACCAUAUCCCUCUCUGCCUCAGUGUGAGGUUGUCGGAACAAUUUGAUUCAUCAUAGACAAUGCAUAUGCAACAUAAACAGAGACC